AUGGGGUGGUCGUUCGCGUUGGGUGCAAGUAAUCUUGCAACAUCCUCUGCUAAACUUCCUCGUGUUGUGCCAUUGCGAAUAGAUUUUGAAGUGCGAAUUCCAACGACGAGUCACCCUUUCAAUACGAAAUUGUACAAUAAUGCUCGAAUCUCGGACUUGUCGUCCCGCCAAAUCGAGGAUGUUUUUGAGAGCAAGCCCCUGGCCGUCCGAUUGUGGUUUACGGUUGCCACGUGGGAGUCAAGGCUCCUUUGGAUACUCUCUUGGGCUUCCAUUGUGGUCUCUGAGUUCAAUUACAUGCUCACCUUCGUCACCCUCAUGUUCUGCGGCCACCUCAGCGCCUUGGAGCUCGCCGGCGCCUCCAUCGCUAGCGUUGGAAUCCAAGGUCUUGCCUAUGGUAUAAUGAUUGGUAUGGCGAGCGCGGUGCAGACUGUGUGCGGGCAAGCCUACGGAGCCAAACAGUACGCUGCAAUGGGGAUCAUAUGCCAGCGAGCGAUCAUCUUGCAUUUGGGCGCCGCAAUUCUUCUCACAUUCCUUUACUGGUUCGCGGGACCCAUUCUUAUUGCUAUAGGCCAAUCAGAGGCGAUAUCAGAGCAGGGCCAGAUCUUCGCUAGGACGUUGAUACUUCAGAUAUACGCCUUUGCUCUGAGCUGUCCCAUGCAGAGAUUUCUUCAGGCCCAGAAUAUUGUUAACCCACUUGCCUACAUGUCCGUUGGGGUUUUCCUGCUCCACAUUCUGCUCACUUGGGUUGUCGUUGAUGUUCUUGGGCUUGGGCUUAUUGGGGCCGGGCUCACCCUCUCCUUCUCAUGGUGGCUUCUGGUCAUCACCAAUGGGCUUUACAUUCUCUUCAGCCCAAAGUGUAAGGAGACUUGGACUGGCUUCUCUUCGAAAGCCUUCACCGGUAUUUGGCCUUACUUCAAGCUCACCAUUUCCUCUGCUGUCAUGUUGUGCUUGGAGGUAUGGUAUAAUCAAGGACUAGUGCUCAUAUCAGGACUGCUUCCAAAUCCUACAAUCGCCUUAGACUCCAUCUCUAUUUGCAUGAACUACUUGAACUGGGACAUGUGUUUCAUGUUGGGCCUAAGCGCAGCGGCCAGUGUCCGUAUCAGUAAUGAGCUAGGAGCAGGCCAUCCAAAGGUAGCAAAAUUUUCAGUCUUGGUAGUAAAUGGUAACAGCAUCUUCAUCAGUACAAUCUUCAGCGCGAUCGUCUUAAUUUUUCGGAUCGGAUUAAGCAAGCUCUUUACAAGUGAUCUAGAAAUUAUAGAUGCAGUGUCCAAUUUGACACCAUUGCUAGCCAUGUCUGUUUUCUUGAACGGAAUUCAACCUAUACUCUCAGGUGUGGCCAUUGGAAGUGGAUGGCAAUCUGUAGUGGCAUAUGUUAAUCUGACAGCUUAUUAUGUUAUUGGUCUCCCUAUUGGAUGUGUUCUUGGUUUCAAAACUAGUCUUGGAGUAGCUGGGAUUUGGUGGGGAAUGGUUACUGGAGUUUUUUUACAAACCGUAACUCUGAUUAUUCUCACUGCUAGAACAAACUGGGAUGUUGAGGUUAUGAAAGCUGCUGAUCGAGUUAAAAGGUCUUCAAACGAAGCCACCUUAGAUUUGGUGACCGGCGUAUAGGAAACUAGAUAUUGGUGAUCACACAUCUCCUCCAUACGAACCGGUCAAUGUUGCCCUCCGUUUUUUUUAUUAAAAAAAAAAAAAAACAAGAAAGAAAGAAAGAAAGAAGUCGGGGUUGCACAAUUUGCAUAAUUUCAUAAAAUUAUUUCUCGC